GUUAUUUAAAUGCCCCUCGUCACCAACGCAUUUCCUGCCCUUGAAAACAUCUGACAUAGAUCAACAAUCCUCGAAGUCUUAGAUAGUUUCUCGACUUCCAUCUUCGAUACCGAAACAUAAAAAAUCAGAUACUAUUUUACCCUACAUAUACCAGAAAAUCAUCUAAUUUUCCGCCAACAUGCCUAAGAAUAAGGGAAAGGGAGGUAAGAAUCGUCGUCGUGGAAAGAACGAGAACGACAACGAGAAGCGCGAGUUAACCUUCAAAGAGGAAGGACAAGAAUACGCCCAGGUAGUCAAGAUGCUUGGCAACGGUCGUCUCGAGGCGCAGUGCUUUGACGGCGCAAAGCGACUAGCACAUAUCCGUGGCAAACUGCGCAAGAAGGUCUGGAUCAACAACGGCGACAUCAUCCUGCUCUCCCUACGAGACUACCAGGACGAGAAAGGCGACGUCAUCCUCAAGUACUCGGCCGACGAGGCCCGUUCCCUCAAGGCCUAUGGCGAACUACCCGAGAGCGCCAAGAUCAACGAGACGGAUACCUACGGCCCCAACGACGAGGGCGAGUGCGGUUUCGAAUUCGACGAGGACCGCGAUUCCGAAUCCGAUGAAGCAGGUGCUGGCGGCAAGGAGGUCGACAUCGACGACAUCUAGUUCUCCCUUCCUGCUUGGAUGGGGAUGUAUCACUCACCUGGUCUUCUGGUUCCGCUACGCCCUACAACCUACCUCAUAGCAACUUCAAGACCAGAGGGAAAGCCUGUCUUCUCUCUCAAACCCGGAUCGUACUUACUACCAUGUGGUCUGGGUUCCACGACAGUCGGGUGGUGCAGCUUUGAUGGCAAGCAAGCGGCAGGGUACAUGGUGGGAGAGACGUCAUGGCCUUUUGCUGUUUGGCAGCUUAGAUACGACGACGAUUUUUUAUUUUUGCAGUCUAUUUCUCGCUGAUCCUAGCAUUGAUGAUGACGGAGAGGGUGGUUGGAGGACCAUAGCAUAAUCAUAAUGAACCUGCGUCGCGAGACAUUACUUCCAAUACGAAGUCAGUUUGCUGCCAGCUUUCAAUACAGAUGCUUCUUCUCUCAAGAUGCUAUACGCUUGGACACUUAUUGGUGAC